CAUUUCUUUUCUCCUCUUCUUUUCGCUGCACUACUCUCAUCCCCCUCUUCCUGGUUGGGUCAGCGUUGAAGAUGUCGGGACGAACGGUGCUGCAGACGGCACUGGUGCUAUGGCUGGCUCAGGUCACUCUGCAGGGAGGCACAGGGUAUAGGCCACAUAAUGGCGGGGUUGGACGGAUGUUAAUCCCAUCAACAGCUCAUCUUGGACCACAGGCAGCCAACGGCUACAGCAACGGGAAUGUUAAGGGAAACGGUUAUGGAGCUGCACCUGUUGCUGCUGCCAAUGGACCACAGGCAGCUAAAGGCUACAGCAACGGGAACAUUAAGGGGAACGGUAAUGGAGCUGCUCCUGUUGCUGUUGCCAACGGCUACGGAAAUGGGAACGUGAAGGGAAACGGUUAUGGAGCUGCACCUGUUGCUGCUGCCAAUGGUCCACAGGCAGCCAAAGGCUACGGCAACGGGAACAUUAAGGGGAACGGUUAUGGAGCUGCUCCUGUUGCUGCUGCCAAUGGUCCACAGGCAGCCAAAGGCUACGGAAACGGGAACGUGAAGGGGAACGGUUAUGGAGCUGCUCCUGUUGCUGCUGCUAAUGGACAUGGUGCUAAACCCAACGGUUAUGGAGCUGCUCCUGUUGCUGCUGCCAAUGGACCACAGGCAGCCAAAGGCUACAGCAACGGGAACAUUAAGGGGAACGGUUAUGGAGCUGCACCUGUUGCUGCUGCCAAUGGACCACAGGCAGCCAAAGGCUACGGAAACGGGAACAUUAAGGGGAACGGUUAUGGAGCUGCUCCUGUUGCUGCUGCUAAUGGACAUGGUGCUAAAGGCAACGGUUAUGGAGCUGCACCUGUUGCUGCUGCCAAUGGUCCACAGGCAGCCAAAGGCUACGGCAACGGGAACGUUAAGGGGAACGGUAAUGGAGCUGCUCCUGUUGCUGUUGCCAACGGCUACGGAAACGGGAACGUGAAGGGGAACGGUUAUGGAGCUGCUCCUGUUGCUGCUGCUAAUGGACAUGGUGCUAAACCCAACGGUUAUGGAGCUGCACCUGUUGCUGCUGCCAAUGGACCACAGGCAGCCAAAGGCUACGGAAACGGGAACAUUAAGGGGAACGGUUAUGGAGCUGCUCCUGUUGCUGCUGCUAAUGGACAUGGUGCUAAAGGCAACGGUUAUGGAGCUGCACCUGUUGCUGCUGCCAAUGGUCCACAGGCAGCCAAAGGCUACGGCAACGGGAACAUUAAGGGGAACGGUAAUGGAGCUGCUCCUGUUGCUGUUGCCAACGGCUACGGAAACGGGAACGUUAAGGGGAACGGUUAUGGAGCUGCUCCUGUUGCUGCCGCUAAUGGACAUGGUGCUAAAGCCAACGGUAAUGGAGCUGCUCCUGUUGCUGUUGCCAACGGCUACGGAAAUGGGAACGUGAAGGGGAACGGUUAUGGAGCUGCUCCCAUUGCCGCCAAUGGACACGGUGCUAAACCCAACGGUUAUGGAGCUGCUCCUGUUGCUGCUGCCAAUGGACAUGGUGCUAAAGCCAACGGUAACGGUGCUCUACCUGUGAUUGCUAAUGGUCAGAAUGGGAAGCACAAUGGGAAGCCCAAUGGUUAUGGUUCUCCCAAUGGACAUGGUGCUGCUCCCAAUGGUUAUGGUGCAGGCAAUGGACAAGGAGCCAAACCUAAUGGUUAUUACCCAGCCCCUCGUAAUGGGAAUGGAGGCUAUGGAGGAGCUGGUGCCAAGCCAUACAAAGGUUACGGACGUCCUCCAUUCGGCGUGGGGAACGGCAGAGGUAUGGAAGUGCCCCAGCUGGCCUCGCAACCCAGGGGAGGUUAUAAUGGAAAUGGCUAUGGAGCACAACCCUACGGAGGUAUGGGAGGCUACCCCAGACCUGGAUUUGGUUUAGGUGGUGGAUAUGGCGCUAAAGCUGCCAAAUCAGGUUAUGGAGCAGGAGCCGGCGUCCCCAAUGGCAACGGAGCAAGACCUAAUGGAUAUGGUGUUCACUCUGGAUACCCCAGUGGCGGUCCCAAGGGCCCCAAACCAGGUUAUGGCACUCCCUCUGCUGGUGCUAAUGGACAAGCAGCUAAACCCAACGGUUAUGGCGCUCCCUCUGGUGCAGCGAAUGGACACGUAGCCAAACCCAACGGUUAUGCCACUCCCUUAGGUGCAGCAAAUGGACAGGGCGCCAAACCCAACGGCUAUGGUGGAUAUCCCAACAAAGGAGGGGUAAAGGGUCCUAAACCAGGUUAUGGAGGAAUGCCUAAUGGAUAUGGGGCCAGACCCAAUGGCUAUGGGGGCUAUCCUCUUGGAGGAGGAGCCAAGGCUCCCAAGCCAGGUUAUGGACCUGGUGCUGGACAAGGACCCAAACCUGGUGGGUAUCCUAAGGGAGGAGGAAGUGGAGCACCCAAGACCCCAGGAACUGAAGUCAGUGGAAGACCAGAGUCCGGCCCAAAUCCUGCUGGUAUUCCUGCUCGCCCAGAUUUGCCUAAAGUUGAUAUGACUGGUUAUGGCGGAAAAAUUAAGGGUGAGAUCCUCAGUCCUGUGCAGCCAACCGCUGCCCCAGUACCAACAUACACAAAGGGAAUCCCCCCAGCCGAACCUGUCCCAACCCAUGGAGCCCCCAUCCCACCAGAGCCCACCAAGGGAGUAGUUCCGGUAGUUCCUCAGGACAAAGUUCCUAAGCCAGGACCAGCGACCCUGGCUCCUAUGGUGACAGGUGGGAAAGGCCCAAAACCUGAGUCACCUGGAUCUGUUCCUGUCAUUCCACAAGGAAAAGCACCUAAACCAGUCCCACAAGGUUUCGUGCCAGUUGUGCCCCAAGGAAAAGGUCCAAAGCCAGUGGCCCUUGCUCCUGGUCCAGUAAUUCCACAAGGAAAGCCACCAAAGCCAGCAGUUCCUGAACGAGUUCCUGUGAUUCCACAAGGAAAACCCCUAAAGCCAGCAGUUCCUCAGCAAGUUCCUGUGGUUCCACAGGGAAAACCCCCAAAGCCAGCUUCUCCUGAACAAGUUCCUGUCGUUCCACAAGGAAAAGGCCCAAAACCAGUGUCACGAGCACCACCGGCCGUCGUCACUCAAGGCACUGACAACAUUGUAGCCAAUGGAGGAUUCCCAAUCUUGGACAUAGAAAACAUGGGUUAUGUAACAGGAAGUGCAGUCCCUGAACAGAAACCAGUGGUUCCUGAGGCGAAGGGCCCCAAAGUCCCAGGGCCCGGAACCUCCCCCGAGAGACAGGCCCCCAAAAGGGUGCCCGUGCCUGUGCCUGAGCCACAGGGGGUGCCCAGUGGGGGGCCUGAGCCCGGGCCGCCGGGGAACCCCAAAAACGUGCCCGCGGUCACUAAAGGUGUCCCCACGGAGGCGCUCACUCCUGGAGCUCCUGUUGAUAACACCCCGCCAGUGGACACGGAAGUGCAGGGCCCUAAAGCAGUGCCUGAACUCACUGGUCUUGGCCAACCCAAUGGACAGGCUCCUAAACCUAAGCCUGACUGCGGUCCAGAUGGACGUCCAAACGGACAGUGGACUAAACUGCCAUAUCCCGGUUACGGAACAUUAGGUGGAUUGCUUAACGGCUACAGACAGAAGCCUAAUGGAUAUGGAGCAGGAGCAGGCUAUGCUAAUGGAGGAGGAGCCAAGGCCCCUAAGCCAGUUUACGGUGCUGGAGCUGGCGGAUACCCUUCAGGUGGACUGAGCAAUGGCUACGGACCAGCCCCUGGAUAUGGUGGGAAGCCAAAGAAGGCUGGUUAUGGGAAUGGACAGGGCCCGUAUCCUGGUGCUGGCUAUGGUAAUGGCAUGGCUCCAUCUGGGAUGGGAGAGGCCACAAAAGGAAAGCCAGGCUAUGGAAAUGGAUUUGCGCCCCUUGCUUACCCAGGUUACGGUCCUGCAGGUGCUGACUAUCUUGGAGGAGAGGGCAAAUCGGCGGGAGCAGGAGACAUCUCGGGACCGGCGGCUGAACCAGCAGUGGACCCUGCAGCUGGGAAAUAUGGAGCAGGAAAACUCCCCUACAACGGAGCACCAAUCGUCCCCGCUGGACUUGAUGGAAAUAGUCAGUUCCCCAUGGAGCCUCAGACUGCUGGCCUUGGGCCUGAUGGGAAAUCUGGUGGAGCUUACGGUGGACUUCCGUAUGGGGGCCAGCCAAUGGGCUAUGGAGGAGAGGGGAAGUCGCAGAUGAAGUAUGGUGAGCCUUACGAACCUGAUAUAGAAGGCAUUGGGGGUUUGUCUUUUGGGGGUUCACCCAUGGGACUGGGUCCAGAGCCCUCAGGACAAUAUGGAGCUAAUAUGCCCUAUGUUGCACAGCCAUAUGAUGCUAAAUCAGCUGGUAAAUAUGGAUAUGGAGGCCCAGCUCUGCCAUACGAGUCUCAACCCCUUGGAUUAGGAUCCGAUGGGAAAUCUGGAGCCAAGUAUGGACUCGGAGGACUCCCGUAUGGAGGCCAACCCGCGGGCCUGGGAGGGGACGGGAAAUCUGCCGCCAAAUCACGGGGGACUGCCUUAUGAAGCACCUGGGCCUCAAGGCCAACCUGAUGGUCAGUAUGGUGCACCAGAGGGCCACUACUCUCCAGAAACCAUCUCCCUGGGAGGCAAUGCCAAGUCAGGAAAGUAUGGAAACCCAGCUUUGCCGUAUGAAACUCUCCCCAUGGGCCCCAUCACGGAUGGCAAGUCGGUGGAACCUUUAG